CACAAUUAAUCCUCUGAGGUUUCUCGUUCUGCACUGACAACAACUGCUGAGAUGGCUGCCCUGUAAUUAGUUUGGAAAGAAAGAUAAAUAAUGCAAUGGAUAAACUAUCAUCAGAGGACCAACAGAUUAUCCGACGAUGUCUGGACACUAUUGUAUCUGUUGUUGUCGAUGUACAGAUAGGAAAAUUUAAUGUCAGAAGGACUAAACAUCCUGAAGGAACUAUAGACAAAGCCAGUGUGGAAGCUAUUUCAGAAUGUCAUAAUUACACUAAAAGGUAUGAUGAAGAGAAUGUCAACAACAAAAAUGACAAUCCACCAUCAAUUUCAAACAUCUCUGAAGAGGCUGAACAAACAAAAAAGCCAUACAAUACUCGUUUUAAAAAGAAGAAACAGUGCAGUUGUGGACUAGCAAAUACCAAUAAACAGACAAAUAUGCCUGAUUCCUUUGAUUUAACUAAAUUGUCUAGCACUAACACAUUUGUGCCAUAUCAAAUUAAAUGGAAGAGUCCUACAUGUCAAGAUGUUGGUAUCUGUAUGUGCCAGACAACGGAUGAAGUUGAAAAACAAUUAACAACUCAUACAGCAGAGAAUAAUGAAGCAUGUACAUUAGGUGAAAAGUCAAAUAGUUCUGGAAAACAGAGGUCCCUGUUGCCAUAUCUUGUAAAUCAGAAGUCUGAAGAAAGAGGGUUGUCUUUAUUAGAGGAAGAGGAAACUCAGAUACUGCAUUAUCCAUGGCUGAGGUAUAGAAGAAGUCAGACAAGGGAGAUAACUUCUUCAGAAAAUAAUUUCGGUUAUUCUGUUGUACAAGAGAGAGGAAUUCAGACAAUGUAUGCAGACUUACCCACUGAUGAUGAAGGGGAAGACGAGAGAACAUCUGGUUACCUAAUGGAAAGUGAUAUAAGGAGCACUGCCAAUUCAGUGUUAAUGGAGGAAGGGAAAGAGGAAAAUAAUAAAACACAGUUUUCUUUUGAAGAUCAGAAAAUGAACUAUUCUAAUGCGUCUGAUGAUGGAGGAGAAAAAAUGGAAAUAUCAGAAGAAAAUCAAAGUUGCUCAGAUGAAGAUUUGACCCAGCAGCCAAUAGAACUUGAGUAUGUUAAUGAUGAAGAGUUGACCCAGCAGCCAAUAAAAAUUGAGUAUAUUAAUGAUGAAGAUUUGAACCAGCAGCCAAUAAAAAUUGAGUAUAUUAAUGAUGAAGAUUUGACCCAGCAGGCAAUAAAAAUUGAGUAUAUUAAUGAUGAAAAGAUUGUCUUAGAUUCUGCUGAAAUUUGCUGGCCAAAAUUGAACUCUGGAAUCAUUUUAAUGGAACCAAACCCCGAUGAUUGGACAAAUCUCAAACAUGAUUAUGAGUAUUCAACAACUCUUGUAAAUGCAUACAAUAGUAUAACUAAAAGUGAUAAUUAUAAAUAUGAUUAUGAACAAUUUGGCACAGAAAUGCCUCCAGCUACCAAUGAAAAGGCUUUGCCAGACAUUUCAAUCGAAGAAGAAAACCUCAUGAGCAUAGUUGAUCAUCAAAAUGAAACACAGAUAGAUUCACUGGAGGAUACUGAGGAAUUCCCAGAAAAUCCAUGUAAAGGGGAAGAACUCACUAACAAAUUUAUUUGUAAACUUUAUAAAGAAUGUAAAGGAAGGGAAGGAUCAGUGAAAAUUUUACACCAUUGUGUGUGUUCACUUUUAAACAUAUGCAUUGAAAAAUCAACUGUGAACCCAAUUAGUCUUCAGAUGAAAGCAAAAAAAGUUUUUGAGAAAUGUAGAAGACUAAAAAAUAAUACCAGUAGGUCUGCAGAAUUUGAAGCAUUUGAAAAUGAUUUAUUCAUACUACCUAGAAAGAAAACUGAGACAAAAAAUAAAGUCAAGAUAGAAAUUGAGGGGCUUAAGGAUGACAUAAAUAUUUUUUUAAGCCUUAAUGAAAAACUGAAAAACAGUGGUAAACAAAAUGAAAUAAGUAAUGCCAUGAUAGAACAGGGAUGUCAGACUGUUUUAAAUGAAACAACAACAAGUGAUGAAGAGGAAGAUUUCAAAGAUUUUUAUGAAUUGGAAAAUCAUGUGGAACCAAAUCAUUUAAAUCAGAUUAAGUUUGAUUGUGAAAAAACCCAGGAUAUGUCAUGUAUUGAUGAUAUAAAAUCUUGUGCUUCCGGACAAACCGAUGAUUCUGAAAAAAUGAAAAUUUAUACAGCUGUUCCAAUUGAAGACAUUCUUAAAAUGUCUGACUCUAAAAUGUUGUCAUCAAAUUUAUCUGAACCAAGGAAUGAUUUUCCAAAUAUAAACAUGAAAAAGAGAACAUUGACUGAAACUCAUUCAGGAUACCAAAAAUGCUUUGAAGAAAGUAUUAACCUCAAGAAUAAAUUACCGGGUAAGACUCUGCAGACUACAGAACUGUCUAAGACCCUACAGACUACAGAAAGCAACUUAAAGAAUAUACUACCGACUAAGACCCCACAGACUACAGAAAGCAACUUAAAGAAUAUAGUAUUAGCUAAAACCCUGCAGACUACAGAAAGCAAAUUUAAGAAUAUAUUAUCAGCUAAAACCCUGCAGACUACAGAAAGCAAAUUUAAGAAUAUAUUAUCAGCUAAAACCCUGCAGACUACAGAAAGCAAAUUUAAGAAUAUAUUAUCAGCUAAAACCCUGCAGACUACAGAAAGCAAUGAAAUUAAUUUAGUUCCAAUACCAGUAUUUCGAGUAACAUUAACUGGUGAUAAUUAUAAAUAUGAUUAUGAACAAGUUGGCACAGAAAUGCCUUCAGCUACCAAUGAAAAGGCUUUGCCAAACAUUCCAAUUGAAGAAGAAAACCCCAUUAGCAUAGUUGAUCAUCAAAAUGAAACACAGAUAGAUUCACCCGAGAAUACUGAGGAAUUCCCAGAAAAUCCAUGUAAAGGGGAAGAACUCACUAACAAAUUUAUUUGUAAACUUUAUAAAGAAUGUAAAGGUAUGGAAGGAGUCACGAAAAUUUUACACCAUUGUGUGUGUUCAGUUUUAAACAUAUGCAUUGAAAAAUCAACUGUGAAUCCAAGUAGUCUUCAGACGAAAGCAAAAAAAGUUUUUGAGAAAUGUAGAAGACUAAAAUAUAAUACCAGUAAGUCUGCAGAAUUUGAAGCCUUUGAAAAUGAUUUAUUCAUACUACCUAGAAAGAAAACUGAGACGAAAAGUAAAGUUAAGAUAGAAAUUGAGGGGCUUAAGGAUGAGAUAAAUAACUUGUUAAGCCUAAAUGAAAAACUGAAAAAGAGGCAGCGUAUAGCAAUCAUUAAAAAGAAACGCUUAUAUCAGAGAAUGAACAGGAAAAAUGCUUUAAUUGAAAAAUUAAGCAAAAAAUUAAAAACAGUUAGAAAAAUUGCAGAAUCUAGGGCACAGGAACUUUUUGAAACAACAAAAAUACUUUAUGAAAAGAAAAAGACUACUGAUAUACAAAAAUUGAGAAAUCUUAAGUCAGUUGAAUCACAAACGAAAAUGUGUUUGAUAACUCUGCCAAAGACUCUAAAACACAAAGAAACACAAUGCAAUACAGCAAAAAAUGAUGUUCUAGCCCUUAGUAGCCAGUUGCAUUAUUGGCAGUGUCGUGCUGUAUUAAAAACAUGUCAUUUUGAUGAUGAUAGACCAGAAAUUAUUGUUACUAAUAAGAGUGAAACUGGAACCUCCGGGAGUCAUUCAAAUCAAUAAAAUCAAUUUG